AUGUCUUUCAAGACCGCCGCCACCCUUGCGACUGCUUUCGCCACUGCCGUCCUCGCCCACGGAACUGUCACCGGCAUCAAGGUCGACGGUGUUUACCAGCCUGGUUACAGCCUCGACUCUUACUACGCCGCCAAGAACGGCCAGGACGUUCCCGUCAUCGCCGCUUGGUCUGCUGAGAACCUCGACAACGGCUUCGUUGCCCCCGCCGACUUCGGUACCUCGGACAUUGCCUGCCACAUUAAGGGUGCUCCCGGUAAGACCUCUGCGUCCGUCAAGGCUGGUGGUUCCGUCGAGUUCCAGUGGUCUGCCUGGCCCGAAUCGCACAUUGGUCCUGUCCUCACAUAUGUUGCCAAGUGUGCUGGAAAGUGCACUGAGGCUGACCCUGCUACUCUGAAGUGGGUCAAGAUCGAUGCUGCUGGCCUUGAUGGAACUUGGGCUGCUGCGGAUCUCAUCAAGAACAACAACACCUGGACUACCACCGUCCCCGAGACCCUCGCUGCUGGAAGCUACGUUUUCCGUCACGAGAUCAUCGCUCUCCAUGGCGCUGGAUCCAAGAAUGGAGCUCAGAACUACCCUCAGUGCUUCAACAUUGACAUCACUGGUAGCGGUACCGACAGCCCUGAGGGUACCUUGACAACUGAACUCUACACUGACUCUGAGCCUGGUAUUCUCUUCGACCCUUACAAGGGUGCCACCAAGUACGAGAUUCCUGGACCUGCCAUGUACGGCUCCGGUUCAACCAAGCCCAUCGUUCCCACUGUCCCCUCCAACGGCACCGUGCCCACUUUCACUCCUGCGCCUACACCCGUCGCCCCUACCAGCUUGGUCACUUCAAUUGCUGCUACACCUACCGCCCAGGCUUCCUCCGUCGCUACUAAGCCUGCUGGGUGCCGCGCCAAGAAGGCUCGUCGUCACGCUCGUCACUUUUAA